AUGUCACCUGGCGGCAACGGUUGCAACACAACUACCAUUACUAGCGGACCCAGUGGCACGGUGGUCCCGAAUAACAGUACCGGCAAUUGUCACAACGGCACAACUGGCGUAUCCCGAAGUCCGAGCACAACCAUGUCCUCUUCUGUGUCCCAUUUGCAAAAAGACACCACGCUGACCAAGAUAUUUGUGGGCGGUUUGCCGUAUCACACGACCGAUGACAGUUUGCGAUGUUUUUUCGAACAAUUCGGCCCGAUCGAGGAAGCCGUGGUCAUUACCGAUCGACAGACUGGAAAAAGUCGUGGUUACGGAUUUGUAACCAUGGUACGUAGCGAAGAUGCUCUCCUAGCCAUCCGUGAUCCGAACCCGUGUAUUGAUGGACGCAAAGCGAAUGUGAAUUUAGCCGUCCUUGGAGCGAAACCACGUCUUAUGCCCGGUGGAGGCUACUCUGCUAUCGAUAACAUGUUAAUGCCCCAUAGUGAUGGUGAUGGUGACCGCGAUCUGAGUCAUCUUGUUUACAGUGAUGCGGAUGUGUAG